UUUAUUACAAAAUUCAAGUCUCUCUCUUACACAAGACACUUACUCUUUUAGUUUAUGUAAUGCCUGUCCGAUCUGACUUGCUAGUCUAACUCGGUCUCUCUCCAAUUCCUUUUUCCCUAGCUCAAUUAUUCAGCUGAGGUUUUCCCACUAAUCGCCGUCCUUCCGUGGAGCGCUAGGGUUCAGAUCACAAAUUUCAGUUGGGAGUUCUUUUUCAGAUUCUGAAGGUUCGGUAUUUAGAAGUUCCACUGAGUGGUCUCUCUUUGAAUUAAGCGGGAAUGAUAUUGAGCUCGGUGAGAUUGUUGAAAUUUGUAGUGAAAAUUUAAAAUUGUUUGUUUUGGGUAUUUUUUUUGAAUAGGUUAAGAAUUUGCAGGCUUUAAUAAUUGGGUUUGUUACAUUUAGAAGUCGGGAAGUUGUAUGAAGAAAAUAGGAUUUUAGUAGGAAAGAAAUGUUUUAUUCACAGUUUAUAUUGGCUAAGAAAGGUCCCUUGGGGACAAUAUGGAUAGCAGCACAUCUGGAGAGGAAGCUCCGGAAGAAUCAGGUGGCGGAUACUGACAUCGGUGUUUCUGUUGACUCUAUUCUGUUUCCUGAUGUACCCAUUGCACUACGACUGUCCAGUCAUCUUCUUCUUGGAGUAGUGAGGAUAUAUUCUCGAAAGGUGAAUUACCUUUUUGAUGAUUGCAGCGAAGCCUUGCUCAAGAUAAAACAGGCAUUUCGCUCCACUGCUGUUGAUUUACCACCAGAAGAAUCGACUGCGCCCUACCAUUCGAUCACUUUGCCUGAGACUUUUGAUCUUGAUGACUUUGAGCUGCCUGACAAUGAGAUAUUUCAGGGUAACUACGUUGAUCAUCACAUUAGCUCAAGAGAGCAGAUUACACUUCAAGAUACCAUGGGUGACGUGGUUUAUACUACAUCACAAUUUGGAUUGGAUGAGCGUUUUGGUGAUGGUGACACUUCUCAGAUUGGUCUGCUUGAUGAGGAGCUAGUCCUAGAUCAGGUUGCAGCGCCACGAUCUGUUGAAGUUUCAGAGUAUGAUCAAGGGUCUGAUGUACCACCAAAACAAGACCGAAGUAAUUUAGAAGCUGUGCCAAUGGAUUGCAGUGGGGAUCAGGUUGAAGGUAUGACUGCAAAUUCCAAGUUUGUUGAGAACGACGAGGAUGCAAAUGCCCCUGGAUUAGUGGAAGUGCCUAGCUUGUCUGGUGUUCAGAAGGCUUUGGUUGAUCAUGUUGAAUCAGAAAAUUACAUUUUUACAGAAUUGAAGAAUGAUUGUGUAGAAAUUGCUUCUACUAAAUCAAAUUUUCUCAAUGGGGAUAAUGGUCCAGUGGAUCAGUCAUUGCAUAAUGAUAUAGUUCAUAAUCCUAUUGUUGGCGUGCCUCCUGAAAAUGGCUGCCACAUUAGUGACAUGGAGAAGGAACAAACUAAACCACAAGGAAAUUCUGUCUAUGAUGCCUUGUCUGUGGAUUACACAUCUGCUGUUGGUCCUAUCAGAGGACCUGAUGGUUUGGAUAGGGUGGAAGAUACGCCUAAUGGUGUCAUGCACUCUAUGGAUAGAACUGAUGGAGAAUGUCUUGAAUCUCCUAGCUGCUCCAACGUCACCUUUGAUUUGGAGGACCCUUCUCGAAGAUCAUGUUCAAGUAGCAUCUAUGUGCCCACAUCAGAUGGCUGUUUGGAGAAUGGUCAAGCAUCACAUAAAUCUGAAAUUGGCAAUGAUGCUCAAACCACUGAUAAUUUGGAAGAGACAUGCUCACCUUCCAAAACAACAGUUAUUGAUGGUGAAGCUCAAGGUUUUCAGGAACCAAAUGGCUCUGAAAAUUUAGAAAAACCUAUUGUCCACAAAGAUCUCUCGUAUCUUCAAGUUCUUGGAAGUGAUAGUUUGGUUGCUGCAGAGCAAAACUUGGUGGAUUUGUCCAUAAGGGAGGAGGAAGUUCAUGCUCCUGGAGCUUCCAUUGAGAUGCAAGUUGAAGCCUGCCAAACUCAGAUGUCAGAGCCUGCUUUAUGUGAUGAUCAGUUGGAAAAUUCGAAUAAUUUUGCUACGUCCGAUUUGCCUGCACCAGAAAAGUUCCUCUCUGCACCAGAAGGACCUCAUGAUGAACCAAGUGAUUUGCUGGGCGUGUCUACCCCAGACAAAGAAGUCCUAACUGAGAAUGAUGAAAUUGAUGCUGGAACGAAACUCAAUUCAGGGGAAAAACGAAGUAUAACUGGUACAUUAACUAUAGAGAGUAUAAACUCAUUUGAAUCAUUCGGAAGAUCACGAUCGAGGAUAACUACAGAUUCAGUUCCUGAUGAUGAUGACUUGUUGUCUUCUAUUUUAGUUGGAAGAUCUUCCCUUUUCAAAAUGAAACCAACACCUCCUCCAAUGAAACGGGCACGAUCUGCACCAAGAUCUGGUGCCACCAAGAGAUUGAGAAAAGUGCUUGUGGAUGAUACUAUGGUCUUACAUGGCGAUACAAUACGUCAACAGUUGGUUUAUACUGAAGACAUACGUCGCAUACGCAAGAAAGCGCCUUGCACUCGCCCUGAAAUUUCAUUGAUUCAGAGAAAAUUCUUGGAAGAUGAAAUCUUUAAUGAACCAAUAUGUACUGGUAUCUCUGGUGAAUUGACAUGUUUGUACAGUGAACCAUAUGAUCUAACCAGAAUCAGGAUUUCUGAAGUUGAGGAAAACCAUGCAUCAUCUGAACUAGCUAAGAAUUCAGAGUCCUCUGUCAAACCUAUUAUUGCUGAGGGUGGAAUUGGAGGAAGCUCUGUGCCUGUAAUUCUUGGAAAUGACAAGCAAGCACAAGCUUCUGCCAUUCCUAACCAGAUUGAUACUCAUCUGGGUGAACACAAUGAUCUUAAUGUUCAGCAGGAUAGCUAUGCUGUUGAUGACGUACCUCAACUUCUGCAAUAUGAACCUUUAGAUAGGAUUACUGAAAUGGAAAUUGACGGAGUUAAUAUUGAAGUUGCUAAUGCAGCAAAUCAUUCUGUUCUGAAUGAGUUCAGGGUAUCAUUCCCUACCGGUGUUGUUACUGGAGAUGCUGGUAACAUGACAGCUGCAGAGGUAACCAACAGCAUGGAUGGCUCCAUGUUAAACAAUGCAGCAUGCCUUCCACCUGAUCAAAAGACAAGUAUUCAACCUGGAGAGGAUACUUCUGAAUUGGAUAUGAGAAAUGACAAAGUAUUUCAUCCUGCUGAAGUUUUGGAACAUGGUGAAAGCUUUGUCGUAGCUGAAACUGAAUCAAAAGCAACUGAUGAGUUGUUGUUAGAAGAAAGUAAAGCCAAUACUUCAGUUGAGGUUGGUAUGGCGUUGGCAGACUACCCUGCACCUAUAGAAAAUGGAACCGAUCCUCUUGCAACUAUACGAACUGGUGAGCCUAUGAAUGAAUCUCAAAUUGCAUAUGAAACUGGAUAUGGUAAGGCUGGUGUAGCAGAUGAGGCUCAAGUUGAGGGCGCACUCUUGGAUAAUGAUGACAAAGACAUCAUCUGUAAGGAUCGUGAAGAAUGUAAACUGGAUUCCACAUAUUCAGAAAAGGAAUGUGAGGAUGUUGCAAUUGCAAAUGAUACAGAAUUUCUGAAUGUAGAUGAUAAUGAGCUAGGUGGUGGUGAUGAUGAUGACAUGCCAUGUGGUGAUGAAAGUCUUCUUGAAAACAGUGGAUGGUCUUCUCGUACCAGGGCUGUUGCCAAGUAUCUCCAGAAUUUAUUCGAGGAUGAAGUUGUACCUGGACAUAAGGUACUUUCUAUGGACAGUCUAUUGACUCAUAAGACACGAAAAGAAGCAUCAAGGAUGUUUUUUGAAACUUUGGUUCUUAAGACAAGAGAUUACAUCCAUGUAGAACAGGGGAAACCAUUUGACAACAUCUGUAUAAAGCCUCGAGCAAAGCUCAUGAAAUCAAGUUUCUGAUCCCUCUCAUAUGAAACAUGUUUCAACGAAAAGUGGCAUAUUGUAGUUCUACUUCUGAUGCUCAGGGGUAAUUAUUUUGUUUCAAAAUGUUAUUUUUCUCUCUUUCUAAUACUUAGUUGUUCAGCUCAUGUAAUAGGUAGCUUAACUGGGGGAGGGAUAUCAUAUGUCUGAUUAUAUGA